AUGGACGGUCCUCUGGAAGACUUCGAUGCUCUGACGUUGAAUCACGCGAUUGAAAAUGAAUGGGCGGGAGAGGAUAGUCUGAUGAUGAAGCGACUGAUGGAAAACGAUUUAUUGAUGAAUGUUCAAGAACGUUGGAAUGCGACGGGAAAGGACGCGGCAAUUUACAAGGACGAAAUAUCAGAUUUUUUGCUCGACGAGAUGGGAGACACGUUCAAUUGUAGUUUAGAAGAUGGGAGCGAUCAGGAAAUCGCUGAAAUCAUUUUGUCUUUUUACAAUGCUUCAAAGAGCGGAGAUUUGUCUGUUGUGAAUGGAUUCAUCGAGAAGAAUAAGGAGCAAAUUCCCAAGGUGAAUAAGUAUUUGGACGCUACGCGAAACUACGCUGCGUUUGACGAUGACGAAGAAGACGGAGAGAACUACGGCGACUCUUGCAGUUCGUGCAGCAGCGAGGACGGCAUGGAGGAAGAGAAGCCAAGCAAAAACCAACCCGACGAAGACGGCUGGAUCGUCGCCUAG